UGCUCUAUUUUUGACAUUGAAGUGGAGAUGGCACUGGUACAAGAAAAACUAAAGGAGCUAACUGAAAAUAAAGCUUCAGAAGAUACUGUAAGGCUUUCAAUGAAAAAAUUAGGCCUGAGAAGGGCUCAAACAUUUGGGUGGUCUAACACUUACACAUUUACAAAAGCAAUGGGAGAGAUGCUUUUCUACAACUUAAGGCGGCACCUUCCCCUUGUUAUAUUGCGCCCAACCAUAGUUACAAGUACUUGCAAGGAACCAUUUCCUGGAUGGAUAGAGGGAGUAAGAACAACUGAUGCAUUUAUCACUGGCUAUGGCAUGGGACAUCUAAAAUAUAUACCAGCAGAUGUCACAACAAUCUUGGACUUGGUAUGCUAUCUUUGGAGCAUAUUAUAUUUCUUUGUUGCUCUGUUUUAGUUAGGUUAUA